CGAUGAGUGUAAUGAUACGUUGCAUUCUUCGUUGAAUUAGUGUGUUCGGUUGAUUAUGGAGCUCAAGAGGAGUUACAUGUUUCUGACAUUACAAUAUCAUCGAGGCCGAUAGUAUCGCUUGUUGGAAGAUUGGUUCAUAUCGUAACUCGAAUUGAAAAUCAACAAAAAAUCGUACAACUGCCCUCCGCGAAACAUUACCACAUUUAUCUCGUGAACCAGGAAACGAAUCGGUUGAAUUUCCGUUAUCAAGAACAUGAUUACAGAAAAUCAUCAAAAUCGUUCGACAAAACUUUCAAUCCUGUUUUAGUUAUGCAAAAUCAUUCGUGGUAGGACUUGAAAAGAGAUACUGCACAUUGCUACGUGUAAUUUACUUUCUAUCGAUAACUACUCGGUCUAUUCUGUCACAUAUUAACUUAAAUCCUCUCUGCAAUGUUAAGAUUGCGGAAAAUUGCUUACGGGAAAUUGGUUUGCCAAAGUUUCCACGCAGGCGCCAAGGGAUACCGUGCCAUCCACUAUGGUUCACGAUCAUCUUUAGUUGUUUGAAGAAUCUUCUACGGUUCAGAAGCACAUUAUGACAGUGAAAAUUAAAAAUUACCAAAAUGUUAAUUAUAAAUCAGAUACCGAAUACACCAUACGUUUUCCUAAAAUUCUACUAACACCGAUUGGAAUUUGGCCAUUGCGAAGAGACGACACCGUUUCGCGUAAAAUUAGGAAAUACAUUCAAAUUGGAAUCAUUUUUUGUUCCAUAUGUUUCUUACUGAUACCUCAUGUCAUUUAUACUUACCGUGACUGCGAGGAUCUGCAAAGAUACAUGAAGGUGAUCGCUGCACAGGUGUUCAGUCUUUUGGGGAUCAUCAAAUUCUGGACCGUAAUUUUCAAUAAAAAGGAGAUCAGUUUCUUUCUGACAGAAUUGGAGCUACAGUACAGAGAUGUGGAAUGCGAAGAAGAUCGAUUAUUGAUUAAAAAAAACGCGAAAAUCGGCCAGUUCUUCGCGGUGAUGUAUCUGUGUUUCACCUACUGUGGUGCAUUGCCUUAUCACAUCAUUCUGCCUCUGUUAUCGGAGAAAGUUGUCAAAUCUGACAAUACCACUCAAAUUCCUCUGCCUUAUUUAAGCGAUUAUGUGUUCUUCGUGAUCGAAGAUUCGCCGAUCUACGAAAUCACAUUUGUUUCCCAAAUAACGAUCAGCCUUAUCGUUUUAUCCACCAAUUGUGGUAUCUACAUUUUAAUCGCUGGAAUUACUAUGCAUUGUUCCGGUUUGUUUGAGGUGAUCGACAGAAAAAUUCAUUUACUUGUGGAACAGAGUGAUGGAAACUUGCAUAAUCGCCUCCGAUUCAUCGUUCAACGUCACGCACAAGCAACCGAAUACGCUGCGAUGAUUGACAAAACUUUUAACGUCGUAUUUUUAUCAGAGAUAAUUGGAAAUACCGUGAUCAUAUGUUUCCUGGAAUAUGGCGUGCUCGUGGAAUGGGAAGAUCACAAGACCCUCAGCAUGAUGACAUAUUUUAUAUUGAUGAUAUCGAUGCUUCUGAACGUCUUUAUAAUGUCCAUCAUCGGUGAACGUCUGAAACAAGUGAGUGAGAAAAUAGGAGAAACGUCGUAUUUUUUACCCUGGUUUGAAUUUCCGGUGGAUGUAGCCAAACAUAUAAGAAUGAUUAUGCUUCGAACCAGCCAUCCAUCGACUUUAUCUGUAGGAAAACUGUUUAAUAUUUCACUCCGUGGAUUUACUGAUGUUUCCAAAACUUCAGCAGCGUAUCUGAACUUUUUGCGAACGAUGACAGCUUGCACUCGAGCCCUCAAAUCAUCCAUUUUCCCUUAUUCCUCGAAUUCCAUGCAGAAUCCCAUAAACAUGACUCAAACAAAAAGCGUGGAAGAAGAUUUGAAAUACGCGAUGAAAUUUGUUCGGCUGAAUUUGACACUAGUCGGUGCCUGGCCCACUUCAAUCACCUCAUCUCCUUAUACAAAGAUUCUGAAGACGAUUCAAAUCAUCGUCGUCUACUUUCUAUACUUCUUGGUAAUAGUUCCAGGCUUUCUGUACAUGUUUCUGAGAACGAAUAGUGGUAUAGUUAGAUUGAAGGUGUUUGGACCAAUUUUGAACUGCGGCAUGCAAUUUGUCAAAUACACCAUUCUGUUGUUCCGAGCGAAAGAAAUUAGGAAAUGUUUGGACGUGAUCAGAGAAGACUGGAUGAAUUCAAGGGAAGACGACAGACUGAUUUUGCAUUCGAGAGCGAAACUUGGACGAAAAUUAAUAUUGACAGUGAUGAUUACGUUGUACGGUGGUGGUUUAUGUUACCGCACGAUCAUACCCCUUAUGAGAGGACCCAUUGUCACUCCCAAUAACGUCACCAUAAGACCAGUGGCCUGUGCAGGAUACUUCAUCUUCAUUAAUGAACAGCAAACUCCAAAUUACGAGAUAAUCUUCACACUGCAAUUCUUCAGCGGAAUAGUGACUUAUGCUACGACAAGUGGUUCCUACGGUAUUUUUACCUUACUCGUUCUGCAUAUGUGCAGUUUAUUGAGGAUGUUGACGAAAAAAUUGAAGGAGCUUGAUGCAAGGUCCGAUUUAAGCGAGCAAACAGUGCAAAAGAGGAUCGUGGAUAUCGUGGAACACGAGAGAAAAAUAAAGGAACUUUUAAGGAAUGUUGAAGCCAUCAUAGAAUACGUCUGUUUCGUGGACAUCGCUGGCAAUACGUGUCUCAUAUGCCUAAUGGGAUAUCGUAUCAUCACGGAAUCAGAGAAGAACGACGCAACAUUUAUAAUAAUUUGUAUCACCUUGCAAAUAUCUUUUAUCUUAUGUUCGUUCAUAUUGUGUUACAUUGGUCAACUUCUUGUUAAUGAAAACGACGUUGUUGGCAUCACAUCUACUACGAUAGAUUGGUAUCGUCUUCCAAUAAAGAAAGCUCGUUGCUUAAUACUGAUCAUCGCCAUGUCAAAUUAUCCGAUGCAACUCACAGCUGGCAAAGUUGUUGCAAUAUCUUUAGUCACUUUUACCGACAUCAUGAAGAUGUCAAUGGCAUAUUUGAACAUUCUGCGAGAAGUUGUUUAAGAUAAUGCAUUUUAUAUGUAUUAUCAUUUAGUAGAAGAGAAUAUAAUUUAAUAG